GAGUGGAUCGGGCAACUCCCAAGGAGGCAGACGCAGGCGGACGGGCGGGUGCUGGGAACCGAGGGACAGGCCGUUCCCUCCGGUCUGUGAAGAAGGUCGGCGGCCCCAGCGGGUGCCAGUCAGCUUUAAGAAAAAGUAGAAAUCACUCCUGACUGUACUGCAUAGCAAAAAUUAAGUGACUUCCUAUACUGCAAAUCAUGGCACUAUCAUUCCGGAAGGACUUAGAAAAGUACAAGGACCUAGAUGAAGAUGAGCUCCUUGGGAAUUUAUCAGAAACAGAACUGAAACAGCUGGAAACUGUUCUGGAUGACCUUGACCCUGAGAAUGCCCUUCUGCCUGCAGGGUUCCGGCAGAAGAACCAGACGUCAAAGUCCGCCACAGGGCCAUUUGAUAGAGAACACCUCCUUUCAUACCUGGAGAAGGAGGCAUUGGAGCAUAAGGACAGGGAAGACUACGUGCCCUACACUGGAGAAAAAAAAGGGAAAAUAUUUAUCCCUAAACAGAAGCCUAUGCAGACUUUCACAGAAGAAAAAGUAUCUCUUGAUCCAGAAUUAGAAGAAGCUUUGACAAGUGCUUCUGAUACAGAAUUGUGUGACCUUGCAGCUAUUCUUGGGAUGCACAACUUGAUAACGAAUGUCCAGUUAUGUAAUAUAGUGGGAAGUAGUAAUGGUGUCGACCAAGAACAUUUUUCAAAUGUGGUAAAAGGUGAAAAGAUUCUUCCAGUAUUUGAUGAGCCACCAAAUCCAACCAAUGUUGAAGAGAGUUUAAAGAGAAUUAAAGAAAAUGAUGUUCGUCUUGUUGAAGUUAAUUUGAAUAAUAUAAAGAAUAUCCCAGUUCCAACCCUAAAAGAUUUUGCAAAAGCUUUGGAAACCAACACGCACGUGAAAUAUUUCAGUCUUGCGGCCACGCGGAGCAAUGACCCUGUCGCUGUUGCUUUUGCAGAUAUGCUGAAAGUGAACAAAACUUUGAAGAGCUUAAAUAUGGAGUCCAACUUCAUUACAGGAGCUGGGAUUCUAGCACUGAUUGAUGCUCUGAGAGAUAAUGAAAGCCUGGCGGAGCUCAAGAUUGACAAUCAGAGGCAGCAGUUGGGGACAGCUGUAGAAUUGGAAAUGGCCAAGAUGCUUGAGGAAAAUACAAACAUCCUUAAAUUUGGAUAUCAGUUUACACAGCAGGGACCCCGAACCAGGGCAGCUAACGCUAUAACAAAAAACAAUGAUUUAGUUCGCAAAAGACGAGUUGAAGGAGACCACCAGUAAGUCCACCAAGAUCCAAUCUUUGGGAGACUUGAAGGGUUCACCAAGAGCUCAUGGUGGUGAUGUCAGAUGUAACAUUUUCCUGGGUAGAAGGGAAAAGACUGGAAAUCUUUUUUUUUUAAACUACAUGUAUCUUUUUUCUAGUUUACGUUAACAGUUUCAAACUGUAAAAUCAAUAGUAGGUGGUAUUUUGUAUUUUAUAACAUUUUUUCUUUCUGCUAAAAUCAAUUUUAAUUUAGCUUAAUUAAAUGGUUUGUGAUGAGCCAUGAGUUAAAAAGUACAAUUGUGAAAGAAGUUUAGGAAAUCAUUUAUGUAAAAUACUAUGAACAUUUUAAGGACCAAUCUUUUUUAAAUCAAAAAGGGACCUGACUGAUAUGAGAAUUGCUGUUGCACCUGUUAGGUACAAGACCCUCAUCAGAGCUUUCUUUCCUUAUCCCGUUGCAUGGAGUCCUUGCCGUGUUUUAGAAUACAUAAACUUGGCAAGAGUGUGCUUUCCGUUUCUAGCAAGAAAGCAAAAUGCCAAAAUUUUAAAACCGAUGACUCAAGAUCUGGUCCUCUGUUCAGGAGUACCAGCCCAUCUCUGGGAGAGAGAAAGGGGCCUCCUGCACAUUCCAGGUCACCACACUUGUCUGAUGGGUGUGAGUUGGCAACACCUAGACUUGUUUAAACAAAGUUGUUGGCUUGGCCAGGUUCUGUACUUUGUUUAAAAGUAUAGUUAUGUCUAAAUUCAUUAUAGUUUUUUAUUUUAAUUGGACAUUAUUAAAUUUUUGUGAAAGCUCGUAGUAAAAAGCAUCUAAGUAGGCAAGCUGUUUUCUUCCCUGUAAAAGCCAUAGGGCCAACUCUUACUUUAGAUAAUAAGAAAAAAGAAGGCUGUUACUAAACACGUGAAAUCAAAGAUAAUAAACGUGGUGGAAUUUGAGCCUGAGGCACAUGCAAAUGGUCAUUGAAACUGAUGAUUACUGUAAAGUAAAUGAGCACCUGGCCUGUGUAUGAAUUAGCUGUUGCACAGCAUUAGGAUUUGUGGGCACACAGAAUUGCAUAGAUGGUCGUGACUCAGCGCUCGCUACGAACUGUCUGACCAGUAAGGAAAAGUGUCCUUUGUAAAUCUAAUGUUUAUUACGUUUCCUUUCGUCUUACACUUUUUUGUCCACGUUGUGUAAAAGUAAUCUCUCUCAUGAGAAAAAGGUCUUCCUACUGCUGAUGCUCACAGUAUUCAGAUGAACACGCGAACAGUGUGCCCCAGGGAAGGCUGCCUCCAGCCUGGAUCGGACCUGGACUCCGGCCCUGUUUCGGGGCAGCCCCUGGAGAAGAUGGUGGAGACCAUCCUGACCUCCAGCGUUCAGGCCUGGCUAGAUGAUUUACAGGGAAUAAAGGAAAGAAUCCCAUUUAAGAGUAGGGGAGAGGUCUGUUGAUUUUUUUGAAAUCGAAUUACAGAGUGUCCCUCCUUUGGCUUGGGCUGGACAGUUUACUCAGUGAGCCACGGAGCAUCUUGUGUGCUCUGGUAAUAAGCCUUCUCAACAGGCGAAAGCUUCCCUUGUAAGAACUGGUGGUCUUUAUUUUUUCGGAGUCAGUAUCGGUGUUUCAAGGGGGCCAAAGAUUGACUUUGCACUAUUCCCUUUCAGUUAGAGACCACUGAUACUUUUUUUUUCUAAGUUAGCAAGUGUUUCUAUCUAUCUUCUUUUCAUAUACAACUUUGGAAAUCUACUUGAUUUUAGAGACUGCUCACUUGCUGCAGGGUGGGGAGUGAGUGUGCAGCAAGUCUUUAAGGGUCCCCAUCACCAACAGCAAGGCUUCCUUGCUUGCACUGUCCUGUAAGUUUUCUUUUUUUAAUAUAGGUAGGUGGGGCCCUACCCAGUAUGUGUAUCGUACUUAUGGGUAGUAUCUUUUUCAUUUAUGACUUACUGAAGUAUGAAGAAGUGUUUUGCUUGUAUCAUUCCAGUUCUGAGCUAUGACAGUUAUAUAAUUGAAGGAAACAUUUUUUCAUAAAUAUCUUUAAAGAUGACCAUCCAAUUGAAUACAGAAAAUCAAUUAUAAUUACAAGGGAGAAAACUGAUGUUUACUUUGAUCUUUAAAGUUCUGGCACCUCUUAACCUUUUAGUAACUUACAGUAUUUCUCUAUAGCUUUAAAACGUUAUAAUAGAUUAGGGAUCUGAAAUAGUCUUGAUUUUUAAACCAAAGAUUUUCUAAGGCCUUAAAACAUUCUGUAGGCUAACCAAUUUAAACUUACCUGGUUAUCUAAUCAAAGAAUAUUCUUUGCAUUUUUAAAUUGCUGUUUUUAAAAAUCUUUUAAUUUCCCAUUUUGUAAAAUUUUACAUUCAUAUUUGAAGUUGAUUUUGCAGGUAUGUCUACAUGAAAUUAUACGUAUUGAAAAAAGCAAUAUUAAUACUGAUAUUAUUAAAAUGGAUUUUGGUGCUAUAAACUUGUAGCUUAAAUCUAGUAGAAGUCUUAAAUAUAGGUGAAAUACAUUUCGUAAGGGUGCCUGUCAUUUAGAAGACCAAAUAAACAUUUUGCGUUUAAAAAAACUAGCAGAUUGUUAGAGAUUUCAAGGAGAAUUAUCUCACUUAUUAAAUUGCAAAUUCCUGUUAUUUGAAUGAAGUAACCCACAUACUCAUCUUGUGCAAUAGGUACACUCUGGAAAAGUUACAUGUAAAUAGAACUUUGUAAAUUGUUUUUCCUUUGACAGUGUCUGAUGUAUUUUCACUUAUAAAGAGGAUUCCAUGGUAUAAUAAAAAUUAUAAAAGAAAAAUGUUUUGAUAAAAUGUUAGUCAUGUUCUGUUCGUACAGUAUAUUUAAUCCUUGCUGCCAUUAAAAUAAAAUGAGAAGAUUCAUGAGAUU